AUGAAUCCAUCCCAGCUGGUCAACAUCACCUUCGAGGUAUUUAACAGCCGAGAGCACAAGAAUUCUCAGGCCAUUACUGUCUUCCUAAAGACCACUAGAGAUCUUCUCGAGACAUACCUGAGGACUCAUUCCACCUGUCCCGUGACUGGCAUUGGCCAUUGGACUGUGGAAGAAAACACUGCUGGUCACAGAAAAACACACCAUGAUUUUACAGGAAAUAUCACAGAUAAUUUUGGAGGAAAUAGCAAAAGCUAUGAUGCUGAGUACUCAUAUACCAAUUUUCCUGAAUUUCUUCUUUUAAGAAGUUCUUUAAUUCUUCAUCUGCAAUGUAAUACUACCAUUGAUGUUCGAACUGAAUUUUCAGGAUGCUUAUCUCAAGAGUGGAAAUGUUUCUUGGAAGAGAAUUACCCACAUUUCCUGAUAGUUUCAGAUGAAGGCCUGAACGACGUACAGACAUACCUUUUCAACUUUUUAAUGAUACAGUCUUGGGCAAUGAAGGUCCAUGUUGUACUUUCUUCAGAGCAUGCAUCUCAUACUGUCCGAUUUUAUGCAUACUUUAUGACAAGCAGAUAUGCAAACCAAGUAUUUUUCAAGGAGAAUGAAAGCAUGAUUGAAGAUGCUUACAAAACCCUAAUUAAACAAUUAGAAGCACAAAAAGUUUUAGCAUUAGCACCACUUUUUACAAAUUUCACAUGGACAAAUCUGAUGGAAGAGGCAUGUAAGAAUAUUUCUCUGCUUAUGCAACUCUGGCCAGAAGGAUCUGAUAUCCGGUGUGUUCUUUGUGUUGCUUCAUGCUCACUGACUUUGAGUAUGUACCAUCGCUUUUUAGAAAACAGAAACAAGACUGCCUCAGGCCAGGUAACUAACCUGCAGCAGGUGGACAGUAAUUGCUUAGUCCUGCAGGAGGUGGAAGAUUUGUGUAGAAUGCAUUGCCUCAGUGUGGCUAUUCUACUCCACUUACCUCUUUCUCAAAGAGCUUGUGCUAGAUUCAUUACUUCCCAUUGGAUUAAGGACACUCAAACUUUCUUUAAAAUGAAAAACUGGUGUGAAUAUUUCAUCUUACAUAAUAUAAACCUUUUUGAGAAGCUGAAUUUAACUUAUCUUUCUGACUUAAGUGAUGAGGCUUUGCUGAAGAAUAUUGCUUUUUACUAUGAAAAUGAAUAUGUUCAAGGCCAACCUUUGAAUUUGGGAAGUGACAUUAAAAGGGAUUAUGAACAUCUCUGGCAUAAUGUGUCAAACCUGGUCAAAGAGUUUGAGGUUGGAAAGCCACUUCCUCUGAGAACAACAAGACUCCAUUUUCUUGAAAAGAAUUCUUCACCUAUUAAAGAAAGCACCAAGGAAAAUAUGUCUAAUUUGGGAUUUAUUCCAAUGUCAUGUAAGCUCGUUGAUGAGUUUGUUGGAGACACUUUGGAAGAUUUGCCUUUUCUAAAGAGUGAUGAUCCUUCAGUUAAACAAAAGGAAUUUGGUGAACUUGAGCACUUGCAUUCCCACAAACUGCUGAGUGAUGUCUAUGACAGUGCAAAGUGGUACUAUGAUGAAAAAUCUAGAGCUCCUUCUGAUCUUAAGUAUAAACAACUGUUUCAUCGUUUUCAACGGUUUUAUGGGAAUUCAUUAGAACCAGUCUCUUCCAAAGUCAUUGUAAGUCAAGCCACUAAGCCAAAGAAGCAUUCUGGUGCACCCAAGAGCAAAAAGACUCAGGGUAACAAAACUGAAUUAAUAAAGAGAGAGAAUGACAGCAGGUCACUUGCAAAGAAAGAAGAGAAAGAAGAGCAAAAAUGGAAUUCUUUGCUAAUUGAACAGGAAUUGAAAGAGAAUUUCAAUUCAGGGAUAAAGAAUCUGGAAGAUUUUUUAAAAUCAUGCAAAAGUAAUUCAUUGAAAUUUCGUGUGGAAAUGCUAGGGCUAACUGCUUGCUUAAAAGCAUGGAAAAAACAUUGCAUAGAUGAAGGCAAAACCUCAAAAGAUUUAACUAUUGCUGUUCAAAUGAUGAAAACGAUCCACUCUUUGAUGGAUAAAUAUACAGAACUUUUGAAAGAGGGAGAUUAUCAACUUAUAGCCAGAUGCCUUAAGUAUUUAGGAUUUGAUGAGUUGGCAAAUUCUUUACAUCCAACCCAGAUUUCAGAGGAAGAGAUAAAAAAGGAGAAAAAGAAUAACUAUUCAGUUGGCAUUGGACCUGUUCGGUUUCAACUACAAUUCAUGGGCCAUUAUUUGAUACGAGAUGAGAGAAAAGACCUAGAUCCCAGAGUCCAAGGUUUUAUUCCUGACACUUGGCAGGUAAUGAAGAGAAAUGAAGCAAGCAUUAUGGCCCUUGUUAAUCAAGUGGCAGCAACUGUUGCAAAUCGUUUUGACAAAACUCUGCCAAGUGGUAAAACUUUAUGUGGUGUUUUUACAAGUGAAUAUCGUCAUGAUACCCUAAACUGUCAGGUCCAUUGUAUUGGUGGAGAACUUGGGGCAGAAGUCUGGGAGCACCUCCUUGUCAUGAUCCGAUGUCCCUUUUUGGCUCUUUCGGCUACAAUAAGUAACCCUGAACAUCUCACUGAGUGGCUACAGUCAGUAAAAUGCUACUGGGAGAAAAUGGACAAUAUAAUGGAAACAAACACGGCUUCUAAAAGAAAAACUGAUUCUCAUGCCAAAUGUAAAAACUACACAAAAAUAAAGCAGUCAUAUAAAGUUAGACUCGUGCUCUCUGGGGAGAGAUACAAUGAUUUAGAGAAGCAUAUAUGUUCAGUAAAGGAUAAUGAUAUUUGUUUUAAUCAUUUCCACCCAUGUGCUGCACUAACAACAGAUUAUAUCGAAAAGUGUGGGUUCCCUUCUGAUUUUGCCCUUUCACCUCGAGAAAGCAUUCAGCUUUAUGACACCAUGGCUCAAGUCUGGAGGGAUUGGCCCAGAGUCCAGGAAUUAUGUCCUGAGAAAUUCAUUCAUUUUAAGAACAAAAUAGUCAUUAAAAAGUUGGAUACUAGAAAAUAUGAAGAGAUCUUAAAGGAAGAAUUAAUAAACUGGAUUGAAAAUGGCAAUUUAAUGGAGGCCAAAAUGGUACUGAAGAAACUUAGUCCUGAUGCAAUUGGUAAUUCAGAAAACAUGGUACAAAUGUUUCCAGUUCUUAUUGAAAAGCUAAGAAAACUAGAUAAGUUGCCUGCACUAUGUUUCAUAUUCAAUAUAUCAGAUGUAGAAGAAAGGGCUACAAGUGUAAAAGCUUUUCUGGAGGCGAAGCAGGAAAGUAAAAGGCCUCCCAAAGCUGAUAAAGAGGUCCAUGCUAGGACUAAAAAACUUCGAAAACUUGAAAAAUCUCUGGAGAAACAAAGCAUGAUAGAUCAGAAAAAGCCCAGAAAAACAGAUCAAAGCCUGCAUUGUAAAGCUGAAUAUAAUAAUCUACUGAUGAAUCUACAGAAGAACCAGACAAUCCCUGAAGACUGCACAUAUGCUGAUCAAAAAGCAGCAGACACUCAGACUUUGCAGGUGGUUUUUGAUCGAGUAAAAAGUGAAGAACUAAAGGCUUUGGCACAAAGGGGUAUUGGAUAUCAUCAUAGAUGUAUGAGCGCUAAAGAAAAACAAUUAGUUGAAAUUCUUUUUAGGAAAGGAUUUAUUAGGGUGGUGACAGCUACAGGGACACUUGCUUUAGGAGUCAACAUGCCUUGUAAAUCAGUUGUUUUUGCUCAAAAUUCAAUCUAUCUGGAUGCUUUAAAUUAUAGACAGAUGUCUGGGCGUGCUGGAAGACGAGGUCAAGACCUGCUGGGAGAUGUGUAUUUCUUUGAUAUUCCACUGCCCAAAAUAGAAAAACUCAUAAAAUCCAAUGUUCCUGAGCUGAAAGGACAGUUCCCUGUCAGCAUAACUCUGAUCCUGAAACUCAUGCUGCUAGCCUCCAAGGGAGAUGACCCAGAGGAUGCCUAUGCAAAGGUGCUGUCUGUGCUAAAGCAUUCACUGCUGUCCUUCAAGCAACCCAGAGCCAUGGACAUGUUAAAACUUUACUUCCUGUUUUCACUGCAGUUCCUGGUGAAAGAGGGAUAUAUAGAUCAAGAAGGUAAUCCAAUGGGUUUUGCUGGACUUGUAUCACAUUUGUAUUGUUAUGAACCUUCAAAUCUUGUUUUUGUCAAUUUUCUUGUGAGAGGCCUUUUCCAUAAUCUCUGUCAGCCAACCAAUGCUGAUUCAAAGCAUUUUUCUCAAGAUGUUAUGGAAAAGUUAAUGUUGGUGUUAGCAAAUCUAUUUGGAAGAAAAUACAUCCCAGCAAAGUUCCAAAAUGUUCCUCUAAAGCCUCAUCAAUCAAAGAUGCUCCUUGAUGAUCUCCCUGAAGAUUUUAAUGCUGCUUUACAUGAGUAUAACAUGAAUGUAACAAAGGACUUUGCCUCUUUACUAAUAAUUGCUUCCAAAUUGGCUGAUAUGAAACAGGAAUAUCAACUCCCAUUGUCAAAUAUCAAAUUCACAGGUCAAGAAUAUGAAGAUUCCCAGCUUGUGGCUCACUUAAUGAACUGCAAAGAAGGGAGAAAAGCUGUUUCACCAUUCGUUUGUCUUUCUGGAAACACAGAUGUAGAUUUGCUUCAAUUCCAGACUAUAAACAAUGUUAUUCUGCGCACAAUUGGCAUCAGUGGCAAUCAGGUUCCUGUGCUGUGGUCAGAGAAACUUGAUAACCAAGGAAGAAGAAUGCCACUUAGUGCUUAUGCAUUUGAAUUCUAUAAACAUGGUUCCUUGAAAAGAUUAGUCCAGGAUAACAGGAUAUAUGAAAAUGAAGCUUAUAUGUUAUUGAAAAAUUUUGCAAGUAUAAUACGAAUGAUCAGGUGUGUCAUAUAUUUUUAA